AUGAAGUUAGCAUUAAGAGGAAAAGGUGAACUAGGAUUCAUAAAUGACACUUGUAUAAAGAGAAAGUAUAAGGGAGAUAUGGAAGAACUGUGGGAUAAAUGUGAUGCAAUUGUGUUAUCAUGGAUAGGAAGUACAGUUUCGAGUGAAUUGAUACCUAGUAUCAUGUAUGCUUCUAGUGCUAAACAGAUCCGGGAAGAGUUUCAGGAGAGAUUUGAUAAGUCAAAUCUUACAAGGAUUUAUCAUCUCUUCUCAGAAAUUUUCAAUUUGAAGCAAGUAAAUGAAGCAUAUGCAAUUAUUGUACAAGAGGAGAGUAAAAGAUCUCUAGGAGUAGUUGAUGUGCACAGAGAGCCAUUGACUAUGCUAGCAGACAACACACAAGGAUAUAGAUACAACAAACCAGUUCAAGGGCCAGCUUGUGGAGAGUGUGUUGGAGAUAUUGGAGAAUCAAGUGGAUCACAUCACAAAGGUGGAGGCUUGUUUACACCACAACAAUACCAGGAAGUGUUGAACAAAUUGGGUGAGUCUUCUCCUACAAACUAUGUUACUAAUAUGAUAGGUAUAUCCUCUAUAUUAUCCAAUGCUGUAACAUAUAAAUGGAUAGUGGAUUCAGGAGCAUCACACCACAUUACACAUUACAAAGAGCUUUUAACUACACUUAGAAGUCUAGGAACACAUCAAAGUAACAAAGUGCAAAUUCCAAAUGGUGACAAAUCACAUAUAGCACAUGCAGGAAAUGCUACUAUUUUAGGCCUCUUCAAUGGCAAGGUAAUGGGGAUUGGUAGAGAAAGAGAUGGAUUGCACAUUUUGCAGGAUUCUGAUCCAAUAAAUGUUCCAACAACAAGCAGCUCUCUUGUUACAAAUAAUACAGAUGGACACCUUUGGUUGAAGUUUCCUGUUAGUGACAGUAAGACAAAUGCUUGUUUCCAAUUGGUUCAUCUAGAUCUGUGGGGACCUUAUAAGAAUUCUACCUAUGAUAAAAAACAGUUAUUUGUUACUAUGCAAAAUGGCACUGUGGAAAGUAAGCAUAAACACAUACUUGAAGUAGCUAGAGCUUUGAGGUUUCAAAGUGCAAUAUUUAUUUGUUUUUGGGGAGAUUGUGUGAGGACUGCCAUAUAUUUAAUCAACAAGUUUCCUUCACCUGUUUUAGGUGGUAAAAGUCCUUGUGAGAUGCUAUUUGGCAAAAUAUCAAAACUAGAUCAUUUGAGAGUUUUUGGUUGUCUUUGUUAUGCAAGCAAACUACCUAGAGGUGAUAAGUUUGCAGAGAGGGCAAGAAAAGUUGUUCUAGUUGGGUACUCAGAAAUUCAGAAGGGUUAUAGACUCUAUGAUCUGGUGUCAAAAGUAUUGUUCAUUAGUAGGGAUGUGACCUUUAGAGAGUUAGUUUUUCCUUUCAAACAUGACGUUGAUAAUUUAAAGGUUGAGGACAUGUUUUUGCAUUCAGUUCCUGAUAGUUCAAAGGAGCCUGAUAUCACAUGUAGUCCACAAAUGGAUAUGCAGCAUGAAAUUCAUCUCAAGAUAAGUCCACUCUUAUCAUUCAAUCCACUGAUGUCUCAUCCAUAG